GGCAGCUUCGCCAGCUCCUGGAUUUAUAUUUAUAACGCCAUGUUCGCAGGGCCAGGAGCCGCACGGCCUGCCGCCUGCUGGUCGCUAUCGCCCUCUUACAGCUCCAGCCAUGUCCCAGGCCUCAGCAGAGCCGCAAGUCCCACCAGCCGCUGUCGACGAGCGGCAGCCGCUGCUUGCGAUCGUCGAGCAGGACCCCGAGGAACAGCUGGAUGAUGUCGACGUUUCCCCUGAGAAGAAGAGCAGCUGGUGGACGUAUAGCUGGUAUGCGGUGUUGACGAUAUUGGUGGGCGUCGCGUUGGGAUUCUUCAUCAAGGGGUUCAUCGACGCGGAUGAUGUCGAGUUUGACCUGGGAAAGGCACUGAAGAGUGCACUGGGAGGCGGGUUGAGUGGUGCUGCAGCCAUGCUGCUGCAAGUGCUCACACUCAUGCCGCUGCGCACGGUCAUGAACUACCAGUACCGCUACGGCACGACCAUGACCGCGGCGAUCAACACCCUCUACGCCGACGGCGGCUGGACGCGCUACUACCAGGGGCUCACCGCUGCGCUCAUCCAGGGCCCCGUCUCGCGCUUCGGCGACACCGCCGCGAACGCGGGCAUCCUCGCGCUCCUGCAGAGCAACUCCUUCAUGCGGCGCCUGCCCGCGCUCGCGAAGACCGUCUUCGCCAGCCUCGCCGCCGCGCUCUUCCGCAUGAUCCUCACCCCCGUCGACACCGUCAAGACGACGCUCCAGACGGAGGGCAAGCCCGGCCUCGCGCUCAUCCGCGCGAAGAUCCGGCGGUACGGCGUCGGCGCACUGUGGUACGGCGCGUGGGCGACCGCCGCGGCGACGUUCGUCGGACACUAUCCGUGGUUCGGCACGUACAACUGGCUCGACGAGGUGCUCCCGCCGCCGAACACGCUGUUGGAGAAGCUCCUCCGCCGGGCGUUCAUCGGCUUCUGCGCGUCGGUCGUGUCCGACACGAUCUCGAACUCGUUGCGCGUCGUGAAGACGUACCGCCAGGUGCACCGCGCCCGCAUCGGCUACAUGGAGAGUGCGCGCGCUGUGAUUGCCACAGACGGGCUGAAGGGUCUGUUCGGCCGCGGCCUCAAGACGAGGAUAUUGGCGAACGGUCUGCAGGGGCUGAUGUUCUCGAUCCUCUGGAGGUUCUUCUUGGAUUUGUGGAACGAAAAGACGAAGUAGGAGGUCACCAAACUGAUGACGGACCCAUGGAUGGUCAUGUUGAGAGUCCUGUCUUGUAUUGUCUUGUGGAGUGACUAUAUGCGCCCAUAUUGGUCCUCA